AUGCUGCGUAUCUUCAAAAACGCCGUAGUAACACAAUUGACAAUAUUCUCUUUUUCUCAUUUGGGAAUGCACACUUCUGUCGCUGCGGUAUCCGGAGAGAAAACGGGCAUCAGUAGUCAGGAGCAGGUAUAUCGUACAAUUGCAGCUCGACUGAAUAUUUCCACCACCACCGCUCGCUUUGUAGUGGAACAGAGUAAAAAAGGAUCCACUGUUCCUUUCCUUGCACGAUAUAGGCGAGAUGAAACUGGUAAUCUUGAUGAAACCGUACUUCGACAACUCCUUGACAUGUCUGAAGAACUUCACGAGGUUCAUCGACGACGCACCUUUAUGCUUAAAAGUUUAAAAGAACGUGGUCUCCUCACAGAUAAACUUCAACAAGCUUUUGAGAGGUUGGUGCAUUUAAACCAGUUAGAAGAUGCCUGGGAACCUUUUAAAGAGAAAAAGACGAGUUUAUCUCACAGAGGUCGAGAAGCUGGUUUAGAACCUCUUGCAAAUAAAUUACUUUUCACAACUGAACCAAUUUUAGAUUUAUCUGAAAGAUUACGUUGCGUACCCGACGGUGCCAAACUCUUUCAAGCUAUUAUAGUAGAAGAGGUACAACGCUGUGAUGAAGUACGACAACUCAUGCUUUCCGAGUGUCGUCAAAGUGGUAUCAUUAACAGUACACUUAUAGAAAAUCCAAGAAAGAAAGCGGCAAAAGAAAUUAGUUCAGAUGCCUUUGAUACACUUAAAAAACAGUUUCAUGCGUAUGAGAAUAGACGAUGGCCCGUACAACGUAUUAGUGCUCAUAAUGUUUUGGCAUUACAACGCGGUGAAGCUAAAGGAGUUUUGACAGUAAAAAUGAUUCCACAUGGUCGUACUCAAGGGGUUUUUUUUGCAUGGGCACGUCAAAAAUUUAAUGGAACACAACGUCAAGGGAUGCCAACAGUUUCUCGUUUUUUAAAUCAAUGUCUUGAAGCGGCAUAUGAACAUAUUUUAAAAUCUACACAUACAACAAUUCGUCGUGAUUUAAAAAAAAGUGCAGAAAAAGAGGCAAUAGCAGUUUUUGCUCAUAGUCUUCGUCACAUUCUUUUACAAUGUCCUAUGCGUGAUGCGAGAUUAUUAACGAUGGAUCCUGGUAUUACUAAUGGUGUAAAAUGUGUUGCAUUGGAUGAAAAUGGUGUAGUUCUUACUCGUUUUAAAUGUACUGUAAUGGAUGAACCUAAAAUGAAGGAUUAUAUAAGUAGUUGUAUUGAAAAGUUAAACCUUAAUAAAAUUGUCAUUGGUAAUGGAACGGCUUCAAGAAAAGUUGCAGAUAUUGUUGCUGACACUAUUGAAGAGAGAAAAUUAAAUGUUGAAUAUGCUAUUGUGAGUGAAGCAGGUGCGAGUGUGUACUCUGUAUCAGAUGUUGCAAAAGAGGAAUUUCCAACUCUUGAUCCAAUGUACCGUGGGGCGGUAAGUAUUGGACGUCGUGUUAUUGAUCCUCUUAGUGAACUUGUUAAGAUUCCUGUACGUUCUAUGGGGAUAGGAAUGUAUCAACAUGAUAUAAGUGAAACGGAAUUAUUACGUGCAUUAAAUCGUGUGGUGGAAUCUUGUGUGACUUGUGUAGGUGUAAAUGCGAUGAUUACGAAUCGUUAUGUGAUGGAAAAGAUUCCUGGUGUAACCAAACGUAUGGUGGAUCAAAUUGUUUUAGCGCGACAUGCAAAAAAAUUAAAGAGUCGUGAAGAUCUACGUCGAGUUCCAGGAAUGACAGAAGGCGUUUAUCAACAAAUUGCUGGAUUUUUUCGUUUUCCUAAUUCUUCUAACCCUCUUGAUAAUUCUAAUAUUCAUCCAGAAUCCUAUGGUACAGUUGAGAAACUAAUGGAAAUUUAUAAGGGAAAAGAGAAAAAAGAAGUUGGAAAUAUCUUACUUCAAAUGACAGAAGUAGAAAUUGGGGAAGUGGCUUCUCGUAUUGGUUGUGGUAAAGCUACACUGCAGUUAGUGGCUAAAGAGUUGUCGUCUCCAGCUCUGGAUCCACGUUCAGAAUUACCUCAUGCUGGGCUUUUCCGUCGUGCCCCUCGAAAAGCAUCGGAUCUGAAACCUGGUGAUAAAUUAACAGGCGUUGUGCAGAGUGUGACAACAUUUGGCGUCUUUGUGGAUGUUGGUCUUCAUGAUGAUGUGCUUGUGCGUGGUGUAAACAUUGAUACCGUACAUGCAGGUAGUCUUUUGGAUGAUUUGUUAGUGGAAGGAUUUGAUCAACUGAACCGACUUCGAGUUCGUUACGAUGGUAGUGUGCAUGCGGCUGGUAUGAAUGCCUCCUCACCGCGUCCCCAAGGACUUGCCCUGGAGUCGGAGGAUAUUCUUUCACUGGUGCCCAUGACAUCUACAGGGGAGGCACCAAGCUUAAGUGAUAGUCUCGCAGUGGUGCGGUGUGAGCGACAACAACUAUUCACAGCAUCCCCUGCAAAUAAUCGUCGUCGUCCGCGUGAUGGCGAGGAUGGGGAGAACUCUUCACAGUUGACGGAGGCCGCAAGUAAACUAAAGAAGCCGCGUACAGAGGAAGACCAAGAAGUGGAAAGAACACCCACACCCACGUCAACAACGACGGCAACAACGGCAAAAGCAACAACAAAAACAGCAGGAAAAACAAAAAAAACGAAAGCAGCAAAACGAGAGGUGUCAGAGACAAAGAAGGCAAAGGAAAAACAACCACGGGGGACGCGAAAAGCCGCGGCACUGAAGACCCCGACGGCUGUUAAGGAUGAAAGCGGUGAUAUUGGCGAUGUGGAGUCCUGGUGGCGGGGCGAACGGCUUCUCAGCCGAGGGGAAAAAGCGGUGGUGCCCGAAGAGGCCGGACAGCCGAACAAGUCUGUCCCCUCCACCCCAACGAAGGAUGAUGAUGAUGAUGCCGUCUAUUGUCUGUAG